AUGCUGAGACCAACAAGGCGAUUACUCCAGAGCGCGGCCGAGGGCGCUGCGAGCGCGCCGAAGGCCCGCAAGAGGUACCAGCCGGGAGAGGUGGAUCUCGUUGCUCCACCUGACCCGCUGUCAAACAUUCGACCGAUCAUUUAUGCGACGCCGCUAUACAAGCCGAGCAACUCGCCGUACUCGGCGUCCGAAUUCCCGAUGCUCAAGCCGUCCGAGCAGAAGCUGUACGAGCUGCAGAUGUCGACCAAGAUGCACAAGGAGCGGGUCGACAUGGAGAACCACCGAUUUUGGGCGCAGCGUGACGCACGUUUGGCCGCACUGAACCCCUCUGACCCCCCAACGCCGGAAGACCUUGCUAAGAGGGAAGCGGUGCUCGCGCAGUUCUACCGCGACUGGCAGGUUGGAAAUCGUGCCCGCAUGAUCGCGUGGGUGGAGGAGUGGUGGCGCCAGGUCUGGAUUGGCAUCAAGAUGCAGGCAAAGGUGUACCUCGCGGGCGGCUGGAAGAAGCGCUCAUUACAGGAGCCCCCAAAGGCUGAGAAGCCGACAGAGAAGCCCGCCGAUGCUCCGGAGGACGCCCCCGAGCACUGUCCGGCAGGCAAGGUUGACGCUUGUGAGGGAUGUCCGAAUCAGGCCGUUUGCGCUGCUGGCCCGCCGCCGCCAGACCCCGACAUUCCCCUCAUCGCUGAGCGCCUCUCGCAUGUUGGCAAGAAGAUCCUGGUGUUGUCCGGCAAGGGUGGCGUUGGCAAGUCGACGUUUACCGCCGCGCUAGGCUGGGCGCUGGCGGCGGACACCGAGCUCGAGACGGGAAUCAUGGACGUCGACAUUUGCGGUCCCUCUAUCCCUCUCCUGACCGGACUUGAGGGCGCGCAGAUCCGAACAAGCGCUUCUGGUUGGGAGCCGGCGUACGCCGCCGAGAACCUGGCCGUCAUGUCGAUCGGCUUCCUUCUCCCUUCCGCUUCCGAUGCGGUUAUCUGGCGUGGACCAAAGAAGAACGGUCUCAUCAAGCAGUUCUUGAAGGACGUCUCGUGGGGUGACCUCGACUACCUCGUCGUCGACACGCCACCGGGUACGUCGGACGAGCACCUCAGCAUUGUCGAGUACUUCAAGCAGGGAGGGAUCGACGGCGCCGUGCUGGUGACGACGCCGCAGGAGGUUGCACUCCAGGACGUGCGCAAGGAGAUCGAUUUCUGCAACAAGGUCGGCAUCCCCAUCAUUGGCGUCGUGGAGAACAUGUCGGGAUUCGUUUGCCCGAACUGCAAGGGCGAGAGCCAGAUCUUCCGCCCGACAACGGGCGGCGCCGAGGCUAUGUGCAAGGAACUUGGGCUCGAGCUGCUCGGUCGUAUCCCGCUCGACCCUCGUAUCGGCCAACUCUGCGACAAAGGCGAGAGCUACCUCGACGCCUUCCCCGACUCGCCAGCGACGGAGGCGUACCUCGAUGUGGUAGAGCGGAUCCGCGAGAAGCUCGGUGACUAG